AUGGUGAUUAUGAUGCGCUGCGUGUUGUUUGUGUGUGUGCUCAGCGUGUGGUGUGGCUGCGGGUGUGCUGCGACGGGUGUGGAAACCCCUAAACCACAGGCCUGUGUUGUUUCAGAGACGGAGAAAUGCCUGGCAUCAGGAAGUGGGGCUUCGCAACUAGGUGGUGAAGGGACGAAUUUAAAUGGUAAUCCUGGUGUGGUGGUGCCCGAGGUUCCUAAUAACUUGUGCAGAAAGGAUAAUGGUGCAAAGUCGACAUGCGAAGGAGAACCAGGGAGCCAGCCUGGCAGUACUGGGCCCAAGGAAACUUGCACUACGUCUGAUGGGGCAGUUGAGGGUGCAACUAAUUGCUCUCAAUCUGAGAAAGACACUGCGGAUAAAGCAAGGAUACAGGCCGCUUCUGAUCCCGAUACUGCUCUGGAAGGCCAAGGGGAGCUCGUGCAGGAUUCGGCCGGUGAUUCGUCCUGCCGCACGACUCAAGAUAUUGCUAAUAACGAAGAGAAGUGUAAGGGCAAGACGCCUCAAGUUGUAGAGGUUGGUGUCCCUGGUGCCACAGCUGGUGCGGGUGGUGGUGGUGGUGGUGGCACGCUGGAGGAAAGAAGACCAAAUUUAAGCCCCACCGAAACGGAAAGGGAAGCGCCGAACGCCCUAUCAGAGAGGGGUGAUGCCCCUGGCCCUCGUAACGAUGGCGACGCAGAAGGUCUUUGCAAGAAUGGUGAACGCAAGGAAUCCGGCGAGAAUUGCAAAGAGAGGAACAACCAGAAAAACAACAAGCCAGGCCAACAAAAGGAUGAACUUCUUGGAAAAACUCCCCAAGCACUUGACAUAAAUGGGGAAGAUGAUAAACCCACCGGUGCGAAGAAUAACGCCGAUGGCUCUGUUGUCUCAUCACCUGCGCCAGACUCACCUGGGACUGAGAGCGCUGCUGACGCUCGCCCCCAUGGGGAGCCUGCUGAGAGUACUGCUCAGGCUGCAGUCGAGCAAAGUGAUGCCGUGCAAUCGCAGACAUCUUCAGCCUCUACUUCCACGAGUGCCACAGAAGCCACAGUCAGCAGCGGCCAGCCGAGCAGCAGCAGUCCGUCGACCGACAAGGGCCAAGACCCGAAGGCAGCGGACAGCAGCAGCGGUCCUGUGUGGGUGCAUGCACCUCCGCUUCUGCUGCUGCUAUCUGUGAUGUGGCUGGGUGGUCUGGCUGUGACUGCUGUGUGCUGA